UUUCGGGUUGAAGUUUGCGAUGCACUUAUAACCUUUGGUUUGGAUCCGAAUAGUCCAGUUCAGUGUGCAGGUGAUUAUCCUUAAUUUUUCCGGUCUUCGUUUUAUUCCUCUACUACAGUACAUAUGCCGUUUUGUGUUUAGUGAGAUUUCACAGUGAAAAAGUGCCCAAUCAUCGGUCAAAGGCAUCAGAUCAGUGCCAUUAGUUUGUUUCGUUUUGGUACGAUUUCUAGGAGGUACAGCUUCAGUAGAGGUGGAUGUUGGAAAUAAAAUCAGUUAAGAUAUAUGUGAUCUUCACUGGAAAACGUUUAAACCACCUAAAUGCGAUUAAGUAAACCUAAUGACAAAAUCCUAUUGGGCUGUGAUCAGCAGACCCAUUAGGCCCGUUUCCAGAGGCUGGCCCCCAGCCCCACAGUGGCUAUAAAUAUAAGGUCGUGGUUAGCACACCUUAAUCACCCAUUCACGUCAUUCUAAAACCCUAGCCACCGCUAGUCUGAUCGCUAAGGGCAUUGGAGGGGUUUGGAAGGCCAAGCACUCCUAUUGGCGCUCGGAGGACGCCGAUUCGCUGCUGCAUCUCCUACACCGACAAGAACGCCUACUUUCUCUACGGAUGAGGCGUAAAUGGCUGCUGCUACUGCUAACGCUGUGAACACUUUGACGGGCUACCUGAAGUCCAUUGAGCCCCUAAAUGGCCCCAACUACCCCCAACUGGUAUAAAGAUGUUCAGGUGGCCAUUGUUGUGUGCGAGUAUGAUCUCGCCUUACGUCAAGACAAGCCAGCAGAGCCCGCUGAUCCCAAUGGUGAUCGUACUGCCAUUGAGAAGUGGGAGAGAUCGGACAGGAUGGCCAACAUGAUCAUUAAGAACACGAUCUCUCCGGCCAUCUGUGGUGCUAUUCCUGAUAAGGACCAGGAUGGUAAUGAGAUGAGCACCAAGGCAUACCUUGCCAAGGUGGAGGAGAACUUUAAGAGUUCUUCCAAAAUUUAUGCUAGCACCCUGAUCACGAAGAUGCUGACUUCACAGUAUGAUGGGCAAAGUGGAAUCAGGGAGCACAUUAUGAGCAUGUGUGACAUGGCAAAUAAGCUGAAGACAUUGGAUAUGGCUAUCUCUAAUGGUUUUCUGGUGCACUUCAUCAUGACUUCUCUACCAGUACAGUACAGUCCCUUCAAAAUAAGCUACAACACUCUGAAGGCGACUUGGAGCAUGGCUGAGCUCAUUAGCUACUGUGUUGAGGAAGAAGAAAGGCAGAAAGCUGAGAGGAUGAAGGAUGCUGUCAACAUGGUCAGCGAGCGCUUUGGGCGUGUUAGCAUGAGCAACACUCCUAAGCAUCAGGCUGAGUCAGGCAGCAGUAGGCAGCAUAAGAAGAAGUUUAAGGGCCAUAAGAGCAAGGCCGUGUCACAUAAGAAGACCUCUAAUGAGAGGUUGUGCAAGUUCUGCAAGUCACCUAAGCAUGAGCAGAAGGAUUGCCAUGGAUUUAAGGAGUGGCUUAAGAACAAAGGUAUUCAGUUCAAUCCGAACUAUAAGAGAGGGGGAGUGAAGCCUAAGAGUGGCUGAUGGCAAUGAAGUGAAGGUUGAAGGCAUUGGGAGCUUUGACUUGGAGUUACCAGGCGGCUUCAACCUUAGUUUGCAUGAUGUUCUUUAUGUUCCUAGUUUGAAGAGAAACCUUAUUUCUGUUUCGCGUUUAGAUAAGUCGGGACAUAUUUGUAAGUUUGGCAACUCUGUAUGCAACAUUAAAUUUCAUAAUUUAAGUGUGGUCCUUGGUCAUUUGCAAGGCGAUCUUUA